AUGAGAAGGCUUUCACAGAAAAGGGCAGAGUCCCCAGAAGCCAGCGUCAUGUCCCUGAAGAGUGACCAGUCCGCGGGUCAGCCUCUGAACUUUAGAGACAAACGGGACGUUUUUGCUUCAAGGAAUGCUCUUGAGAAGAAAGAUCCCUCAGGACUCAGCUCUGUCUCCCUGAGGAGUGACCAAUCUGCAGGUCAUCCAAUAAACUUCAAAAACACACCAGAGUCAUCUCAAACAAGAUUAAGCAAGGAGAAGACAGAGACAUUCUGCAAACUGACCUUCCAGACGUCAACAGAAGUGGAUUUCAUCUUCCAGUUUGUGACCAUAAGUGAGGGCAAGAACGUAGACCGACCAACUCUUGAAGAGAAUAUAAUGUCUUUUGUGAAGAAUGAGCUAAAGAGGCUCUUGACAGUUCUUCAUCCAGAUCACUCAACAUAUUCAGGCAGUCAGAGGAAUGUUGAGGAGUUGCUGCAGGGAGCCAAUGAAGAGCAGAGGGAGAGUACCAAAGAGGCAUUUUUAAACAUCACACUGAACUUCCUGAGGACGAUGAAGCAGGAACAGUUGGCUGAUGUAUUGUACAGCAAAACUAUUGCACCACUGUGCAUAAGUAAACUGAAAUUUAACCUGAAGGAAAGGUUCCAGUGUGUGUUUGAGGGGAUUGCUAAAGCAGGAAACACAACUCUUCUGAAUCAGAUCUACACAGAGCUCUACAUCACAGAGGGAGGGACUGGAGAGGUCAAUGAUGAACAUGAGGUCAGACAGAUUGAAACAGUAUCCAGGAAACCACACACACCAGAAACAAUCAUCAGACAAGAAGACAUCUUUAAACUCCCACCUGGAAGACACGAAUCAAUCAGAACAGUGAUGACAAAGGGAGUAGCAGGCAUUGGGAAAACAGUCUUAUCACAGAAGUUCAUUUUGGACUGGGCUGAAGACAAAGCCAACCAAGACAUCCAGUUCAUGUUUCCAUUCACUUUCAGAGAGCUGAACAUGCUGAAAGAGAAGAAGUUCAGCUUGGUGGAACUUGUUCAUCACUUCUUUACUGAAACCAAAGAAAUGUGCAACUUUGAACACUUACAGGUUGCAUUCAUCUUUGAUGGUCUGGAUGAGUGUCGACUUCCUCUGGACUUCCACAACAAUCAGAUCCUGACUGAUAUUACAGAGUCCACCUCAGUGGAUGUGCUGCUGACAAACCUCAUCAGGGGGAAACUGAUUCCCUCUGCUCGCCUCUGGAUAACCACACGACCUGCAGCAGCCAAUCAGAUCCCUGCUGUCUGUGUUGGCAUGGUGACAGAGGUCAGAGGCUUCACUGACCCACAGAAGGAGGAGUACUUCAGGAAGAGAUUCAGAGAUGAGGAGCAGGCCAGCAGGAUCAUCUCCAACAUCAAGAUGUCACAAAGCCUCCACAUCAUGUGCCACAUCCCAGUCUUCUGCUGGAUCACUGCUACAGUUCUGGAGGAUGUGUUGAAAAGCAGAGAGGAAGGAACGCUGCCCAAUACCCUGACUACGAUGUACAUCCACUUCCUGCUGGUUCAGACCAAAGUCAAGAAGGUCAAGUAUGACGGAGGAGCGGAGACAGAUCCACACUGGAGUCCAGAGAGCAGGAUAAUAAUUGAGUUUCUAGGAAAACUGGCUUUUGAGCAGCUACAGAAAGGAAACCUGAUCUUCUAUGAAUCAGACUUGACAGAGUGUGGCAUCGAUGUCAGAGCUGCCUCAGUGUACUCAGGAGUGUUCACACAGAUCUUUAAAGAGGAGUCAGGGCUGUACCAAGACAAGGUGUUCUGCUUCGUCCAUCUGAGUGUUCAGGAGUUUCUGGCUGCUCUUCACGUCCAUGAGACAUUCAUCAAGUCUGGGGUCAAUUUGAUGGAAAAGUCACAAAAAUCCCCUAAGUACAAAGCAAUAAAAGCCUUUUUAGCAGUGACAAACUUCUACCAGUGUGCUGUUGAUGUGGCCCUACAAAGUCCAAAUGGACACCUGGACUUGUUCCUCCGCUUCCUGCUGGGCCUUUCACUGCAGACCAAUCAGACUCUCCUACGAGGUCUGCUGACACAGGUGGAGUGUAGCUAUCUUAUAAGGCAGGAAAUAGUUGAUUACAUCAAGAAGAAAAUUGACAAAAAUCCCUCUCCAGAGAAAUGCAUCAAUCUGUUCCACUGUCUAAAUGAACUGAAAGAUCGUUCUCUAGUGGAGGAGAUCCAGAAGUCCCUGAGAUCAGGACGUCUCUCCGCAGAUAAACUGUCUCCUGCUCAGUGGUCAGCUCUGGUUUUCAUCUUACUGACAUCAGAAAAAGAUCUGGAUGUGUUUGACCUGAAGAAAUAUUCUGCUUCAGAGGAGGCUCUUAUGAGGCUGUUGCGAGUAGUUAAAGUCUCCAACAAAGCUAUUUUGAGUGGCUGUAACCUUUCAGAGAGAAGCUGUGAAGCCUUGGCUUCAAUCCUUAGCUCUAAGUCCUCCAGUCUGAAAGAACUGGACCUGAGUAACAACAACCUAAGGAAUUCAGGCGUGAUGAAACUGUGUGUUGGACUGCAGAAUCCAUAUUGCACAUUGGAAACUCUCAGGCUUUCAGGAUGUCUGAUCACAGAUGAAGGAUGUGCUUCUCUGGCCUCAGCCCUGACCUCCAACCCUUCACAUCUGAGAGAGCUGGACCUGAGUUAUAAUCAUCCAGGAGAUGCAGGAGUGAAGCUCCUUUCUGCUGGUCCACAUUGGAGAUUAGAUUCUCUUGGUUUGGACCAUGGUGGAGCAUGGACACUGCAAGAAGGACUAUGGAAGUAUGCUUCUCGGCUCACUCUGGAUUCAAAUACAGCACACAGAUUCCUCAAACUGUCAGUCAACAAAAGAAAGGUGACAGUGACUGCAGAGCAGCAGCCAUAUCAUGAUCAUCCUGAGAGGUUUGACCACUGGCAUCAGCUGCUCUGUAUAGACGGUCUAACUGGGCGCCAUUCCUGGGAGGUGGCAUGCGAAGGAAUGGUGUGCAUUGGAGUGACUUACAGAGGAAUUGGCAGGAAAGGAGACGACCCUGGCUCCCUGCUCGGAGGGAACGAUCGGUCCUGGAGUCUGUACUGGUCAGGGAAGGAUUACUUUGUUUUUCACAACAACAAGAAAAAGAACAUUUAUCCAUCUUCUUCUACCUCCAACAGAGUAGUAGUGUAUCUGGACUGGCCCUCUGGAAUUUUGUCCUUCUACAGAGUUUCCUCAGAUGCACUGAUCCACCUCCACACCUUCAGCACCAUGUUCACAGAAGCAGUCUACCCUGCUUUUAGGGUUGGGUUUGAGCCCAGUUAUUUUGAAUCUUCAGUGUCUCUUUGUGAGCUGAAGUAG